AGAAAAAUCAGAAAAUGAGUUCUUCCACAUGGUUGUACUUCCAGCCUGGCUCCCCCACCACACACCACACACAGAAUAAGGCCACACGACUGCUUUUGUUAAUGACCAAUCAGUUGGUCUCACCUUCACCUGCUGCCAACAUUCAAGAUAAUGUGGUGCAGGUUGUCCAGUUUGAACUCUGACAUAAUCAAUUUAGAGGUUGACUUCCAAAAUCUGAGUCUCACUUAUUUGUUGCCGUCAUUGAAAUGCAGAUUAAAACAUGGAAAAAGAAAGCAAAUCUAAAACUAACAAAAAAGGAGAGUAAAAUAUAUGCAUAGUUUAUUUCAGUAAUGUAGCGUGGACACACCUAAAGAGGGUGUGAGAUGUGUCCUUAUGGCCUAAGGCAGAGUAUUCGAUGUCCAAGCAAGUAUGGGGAAAUUGUUAAGGAGAGGACGCCCACACUGUCAUCGAAUCAACAACUGGACUUUGUGGCUGCGAAGCGUGAAGAGUGGCCUGAAACUCCCCUGGAUAACAGAUAUAUAAAAAAUGCUGCUGUUCUUCCAGGUCUGAAGGAUGAGGCUCUCUCCUCUGAAGAGAGAACCUCCAGCUCUGUGGUGACCAGCCAGCCAGAGAUUCUGCUGAUCCACGGCUUCACGGUGCCAGAGUACCAGCACAUAUAUCAUUCGGUGGUGGACCCUUUGCUCCUUGAUCCUCAUGGGGAGCCCGCAGUCUACAGUCUGGAGCUGGGCCGUCACAUCAAGGAGCAGCUGUUUUCGGAGUUGGCCUACCCAACAUUUCAAAUGACAGAGCAGCCCAGUGGAAGAGUAGCAGUGUUGGAGAGGUUCUGUGUGCUUCGCUCCACACCCGUCAUAGAUAUUGAAAUUUAAAAAAGAAAAAACUGUUCUGCAAAAUGUUUACUAGCUUUGUUAAUUUGAUGUCAGGGAAGUUUACAUUUGUUUCCUCUUUAAAAGUUAGUGUGGAAUAGAGCUGCACUAUAAAAACAAAAAAAAUCUGUUCCAAAAAUGUUACUUUCUUUUGUAUGUUCUACUCUCUCAACUCAGACAGGAAAAAAAUGCAUCCCAACCUAAAUGCAGGUUUUAUUUUAGAUUCACUUUACUGUCUCUUGUCAUUUGCUGUCUGACUGUAGCUGAUUUUUUUUUUCCUCAAUGGACUUUCUGUCUACUUUUGUUAAGAUGCCUAAAUUGUAGAAAAGUCAAAUGAUGGUAAAUGUAUUUAAACAAAUACAAAUAAUCUUUAAAUAUUUUAAAUUCGCCAAUUAACAGCACAUUUUCUCAAAAGUCACUAAGAAAGAAAAAAACUACACAUUGGAAAUGCUGGGAC